AUGUCGCUUAGCGACCAUCCAAAGGCUUACGGCUCAGCCGCCGUCGCCUUUGCUUUCACAACCGGUAUUCUCGUUACUCUCGGUUUCAAGGACUUUUACCCAGAUCUCGAGAGAAGGUUUCAACAAAAGAGACGUGCGAAUACCGGCGGUGGAAGAAGAUCGAGUCUAUUUUGGGGUGAUCCUGUUGAGCUUCAGGAUCGAGAGUCUUUGCCUUCGACGCCAACUUUUUACGAUGGUGCAAGGCAUGGACUGGCCAAUGGUAUAGAGGCUACCAUUGGUAACACGCCUCUUAUCAAAAUCCAGUCCUUGUCAGAAGCUACAGGCCGGGUUAUCAUGGCCAAGGCUGAGUUCCUCAAUGGCGCUGGAAACUCGCCAAAGGAUCGUGUUGCGCUUAAUAUGAUUCGUGAGGCGGAAGCUAGAGGUCUUCUCACACCACACAAAGGCGAUACCAUCUAUGAAGGCACAGUCGGAAGUACGGGUAUCUCACUGGCAACACUUGCGCGAGCCAUGGGCUACAGGGCUCAUAUCUGCAUGCCCAGCGAUAUGGCUCUCGAGAAAUCUGACCUGCUCCUCCAUCUCGGCGCAACAGUCGAGCGAGUUACGCCUGCACCUAUCACCAGUCCCGAUCACUUCGUUAACCUUGCACGACGAAGGGCGGAAGAACAUGCUAGCAAGGCAAAGGACGGCAGCAAGGGUUUCUUUGCGAAUCAAUUCGAGUCCGAAGCUAACUGGAAAGCACACUUCAACACCACUGGUCCUGAAAUUUGGGGACAAACGAACGGCAAGCUGGAUGCUUUUGUCGCAGGAGCAGGCACGGGAGGAACAGUGUCCGGUGUAGCAAAGUAUCUCAAGGAAGAGCAACAAAAGGAUGGCAUCAAAGUAGUCCUCGCUGAUCCUCAGGGCAGUGGUCUCUACAACAAGGUCCGCCAUGGUGUCAUGUACUCCUCUACAGAGCGCGAGGGCACUCGUCGCAGACAGCAGGUCGACACUAUGGUUGAGGGCAUUGGUAUCACACGCUUGACUGAGAAUUUUGAAGCAGGUCGUGAACUUAUUGAUGAUGCUGUGCGGGUAACAGAUGAGCAAGCCUGCCGCAUGGCCCGCUGGCUAGUCGAGCACGAUGGUAUUUUCGUUGGCAGCAGCAGUUCAGUCAACUGUGUCGCUGCUGUCGAAACAGCUAUGAGACUCCCCAAGGGGAGCCGUGUUGUAACUAUUCUCUGCGAUUCCGGAACAAGACAUCUCAGCAAGUUCUGGAAGCAUAUCAAGGAGAUGGGCCUUGAGAGUGAGGAGGAAGCGACCAAUCUGUUCACCGAGCUAGGGAUCCCUGACCACAAGGUAUAA